UCUCCCGCCNCCUCCGCCAGCUCCCCUGUGCAGGCUGGCGGUCCGCCGGCAGCAUGGGCGCUGGCUGGGAGCUGGGGGCGGCGGCGGGCCGCUCGCUGCUGCUGUGCGCCGCGCUGCUGCUCGCGGGCUGCGCGCUGGGCCUGCGCCUGGACCGCGGCCGGGGAGCAGCGGACCGCGGGGUGCUCGCCUGGCUCUGCUACGACGCCCUGGUGCAUUUCGCCCUGGAAGGCCCUUUUGUCUACUUGUCUUUUGUAGGAAACAUUGCAGAUUCCAAAGGCUUGAUUGCUUCAUUGUGGAAAGAAUAUGGCAAAGCUGAUGCAAGAUGGCUUUAUUUUGACCCAACCAUUGUGUCUUUGGAAAUUCUGACUGUUGUCCUGGAUGGGUCUCUGGCAUUAGUCCUCAUUUAUGCCAUAGUCAAAGAGAAAUAUUAUCGGCAUUUCAUACAGAUUACCUUGUGCGUGUGUGAAUUGUAUGGCGGGUGGAUGACCUUCUUCCCAGACUGGCUUAUGGGAAGCCCCAACCUCAACACCGACAGUUGGCUCUACUUUGGGGUCUAUCUGGUAUUUUUCAAUAGUGUGUGGGUUCUGAUCCCGGGACUGUUACUGUGGCAGUCGUGGGUAGAACUCAAAAAAAUGUUUUACAAAGGAACCAGUUCAGGGAAGAAGUUCCAGUGAAUUUUCAAAAUCACAAACACUGGUAUCUUGCUUUAUAAGCCAGAAUGGGUCAAAUCUUUUUGUUUGGUCAAAAUGUAAGGCAUUCCUGUGUGCACUUUCCUUUUCUACGGUUGUUCCUAAACAGCCUAUUUCAAAUUGGUUGUAUGGUGGCAAGUUUUUGUUAGUGUUUUUUUCCCUCAAUUAAAUGACAAUAUGGGGAACAGAGAAUAAAUUUUAACUUGUAAUAAUAACACGUUUAAUUAUAUGUUUUUAUGGCUAGUGUUAAUUGUUCCACA